CCCAAUGCCCGAAUGGGGCGGAGCAGUUCAUUUGGUCUGAACUGAGCUCUGGCGUAGAGCGACCCGAGAUGAGAAAAGCAGAGGCCCGGCCACGUCAGCACGACCACCUCGGGAACGCUGCUAGGGGAUCCGGAGGAGGAGGAGGUGGAAGUGCGGAUCGCGCCGGCGGAGUGCCGUCUGGAGCCAUGGAAAUCCCCUCUGGUCUGAUAUUGGAACCAUCUCUGUACACCAUUAAAGCAAUUUUCAUCUUGGACAGCUUUGGACAGCGACUUUUGGCCAAGUAUUACGACAACACAUUUUCAUCAACAAAAGAACAGAAGAGCUUUGAGAGAAAUGUCUUCAACAAAACCCAUAAGACAGAGAGUGAGAUUGCUUUCUUAGAAGGCUUAACUAUAGUCUAUAAAAGCAGCAUUGAUCUUUUCUUUUAUGUAGUGGGGAGUUCCCAUGAAAAUGAGUUAAUGCUGAUGUCAGUUCUUUCCUGUCUCUUUGAAUCCCUCAGUCAUAUGCUGCGAAAGAAUGUGGAGAAGCGAAUUCUGAUAGACAACAUGGAUGGGGUAUUCCUUUUAGUGGAUGAAAUUGUUGAUGGAGGUGUGAUCAUGGAAAGUGAUGCUCAACAAGUCAUCCAGAAGCUGAAUUUUAGAGUGGAUGACAGCUCUUUAGCAGAGCACAGUGUCACUCAGGUGCUGCAAUCUGCCAAAGAACAAAUUAAGUGGUCCUUAUUAAAAUAAAAUAUUCUAAAUAUUGUCUUGGAACAUUUUCAGUUUCUUACAUUACUCUGUUUCCCCAAAGAAUGAAAACUUUGCAAUGCUGUGUGAUGGCUACUCAGAUCAGCCCAACUUGCUAUAGGCCAUCUCUUUAAGUUUUUCAAAGUUGAUCACAUCAUAUUAUUUAUCAGAAAUGUGGCCAUAGAUGGAGAUUAUACAUGAACAAGAGGAACAACAAACAAAGUGGAAAUUUGUUUAAGAAUCUGUGAGGGCAAAGGAAAAAUGUAAAGUAAAACUCUUGUCAAGAAGCACCUAGAAUUGCUGGAAGAGUAUUCCAAAAUGCACGGGAUUCAGUCUUCAAUUUCAAAAUGAUAUUUGUAGCAAUCUGGAGUUUGGCAUGAUUGUCUAUUUGUUCAUGUUGUGUUACAGUACUGAAAAAAGAAUUAUAAUUUUGAAAAAGAAGUGAUGUUUAGACUAAAUGUAGCAGUGGGGUAAAAGUGAAACAGAAAAACAGGUCCCAA